UAAUAACAUCGUGACACCGUUCUUCCACGUUUCUUCCACGUUUCUUCCACGGAGAUCCAUUUCUUUCUACGAAAGUGAUAUUAACUUCUCUUUUAUUUUUAAUUUCGUAAUUCGUUGCAGUGAAUGUAUUGUAUUUAAGCUGGUAAAAUGAUAUUUAGCCGGAAGAAAUUAACAGCGAUUAACGGUACACCGACUGAAUAAGUUGGCUUCACGAUGAUACGUAAUUCGUAACGAAAGAAAUUUUAUCGAAGCUACUUUCGUCAAAGUAUAUAGACACGUGUGACUGUCUCGGUCUUUCUUCUUUCUUUGUUUAUAAAUGUCCGUACGAAUUUGUAUGUUGAUAUUGCGACAAAAGAUGCAAAAUACUUUGUUUUUAUAUACGUGCAUGUAUCUUAUUUCUAUCUAUUCUACGAUGAGAAACAGCGACGAGCGCUUAACGGUAUUCGUUUAUUCUACUUCCCUUUCCACUCUGUUCUCCAACUGUUUUAAGAAAUAUUCGACCGACUUGACCUGCUGCCCAAAAAUCGCAAAAGUAUCACAAGAGUAGAAUGACAUAUAGGAAAUACAAACGAGAUUCUACAAAUUCGUUCGUGUAAUUUUGCCCGUGGUACCUCGAUUGUUCGUCAUCGGUCACGAGUUGAAAUUCCACGAUCAUAGCAGAAACCGUAAUUGUUUAUCGCAUAGUUGAAAUUCAGGAUAGCUUGAUAUUCUUAACGCGUACAGGUUGCCACGAAUAUUGGAAAUAAAUAAUUUCGCGGUGGCAGAAAAAAUUGCGAUCGUAAAAAUACCAGACGAUCUUAUCGUUUUGCUUGUUCUCAAAUUCCACGUUCAAAAGAUAUACGUAAUUCGUUAAUUAAAUUAUAAAGACAGAGAAAGAGUAGGUAACAGACACAACUGUAUGAAAAAGCACGAGCAUCGACGAUCGAUCAAACGGUCAAAUGAAAAAUGCUUCGGAUCGAUCUAAAGGCACUUCGCGUCAUAUUCGAUAUCGUUGAAAUAAUUGAAACUAUAUGAUAUUUUGAUUCGAGGCGUUUUUCUAUGGUAACGCUGUAGUAUUUGAUUCGCGUUUAUAUUAUCUCUAUUAUUCGGAUAUCGCGUCAAAAUUACAAGACCGAUAGAGAAGAGGCCGAACACACGCAACAUGAACGUACAAUCGAAGAAUUCCGGAGAAGAAACGCGUUUCAUCGAUGGAAGCGAAUACAGGGGCACUUGGAACGUACUAGGAAUGGAGGGAAUUGGCAAAUUCGUUCUGCCGCACAAUGCCAUCUAUGAAGGAGAGUUUCGCGAUGGUACAUAUCAUGGGCAUGGUAGUUUAUAUUUUCCUCGCCUACAGAGAAUAGAUGGAAUUUGGUCGCAAGGUGAAUGUAAGGACAAACGAUAUACCUUUAACGAUGGAUUAAUUUUUCGUAGCCAUAACUGGGAGUACUGCAGAUUCCCUGACAGACGAUAUCAAACGUGCAUUAAAUACGGAUUGAGACCUGGUGGAGCAACAUUACGCACAAAUGAUCGAAACGAAUUUCUUAUUCCCCCUACAUGCUACGAUGCAGGCAUUGGAAUUUUUAAUCCAUGUAAAUAUCAUAUUGUAUCCCACCAAGACUCGAAAAAGGUACUUGAAAUACCAAAUACCAAAUUCACUCGUUGGAUACAGAAGAACUGUCAGAAAGCGUGGUCCGAGCCAACCGGAAAUCGAAAAGAUCUUUACGAAAAUUGGUUUCCCGACAAAUUUGACACGAAGUUUCUUUCAACGCUAUUACCAUUUUCGAACGAGUCUUUCGAACCUUGGUGGAAAAGAUUGACCACCUUUCGUUCAGAUAGCAAAGAAAAGACUCUAACUAAUGAAAAAAAUGAACAUUUCCAAAAUCUUAUUGACAGUCUCGUUGAAUUUCAUUGAUUAAAACAGGAAUGUAAAGGAUACUUCAGAAAGAAAUCACGUUUUCAACUCUA